GCUAAGCGGGGGCGGGGCCAGAACCCAGCGGCUCGCGGCGCGUGCGCUGCGGCGGAAGCGGAAGUGGCCGCCGUGGCUGUCGUCCUGACGCUGGAGCGCGAGCUUCAGCCUUUUCUACCUGAUGACCUCUAAGGCCAGAAAACGAGUGGUCCUCCCCACAAGACCAUCUCCACCCACAGUUGAACAGAUUUUGGAGGAUGUCAAUGGUGCUUUGCCCUCUGAUCCAGUUUUCACUUCCUUUGCCCCACAAGUCCUGGAAGAGCUUCCUGCCACUCAAGAGAAUAAGGACCCAGAGGCAGAAAGGGAACGGCAAUAUCAACAGAGUCGCUCCUAUGUGGCCAUGAACCAUCGACUCCAGAUAGCCUGUGGUCUGCUGAAACAGAAGUGUGAGGAGUUGCGACAGGCUGGGGACAGCCUUGAGCAGGACAUCUUAGAGAUGAAGCAGAGGACCCUUUCUGGUGCACAGGGUUCCAGUUGUCUUCCUGGUGUGGGUUCCUCAGGUUGAUGUCAUACUUUUGGAUUUAUUUUUAGAAGUAAAAUUUAGGAUCUUUGUGUCUGCAGACACAUGCUUUCCAGGGUUCAGUUCCCUGCCAGUUCUGGCCCUCUUGAGUUUUCUUCUAUCCUUUUCUCUCCUUCGACACACCUGCCCGUUCGAACUUGAGGCUCUGUUCCCAGCUUGAAGAGGGUUGGAGGAAUAGUGUAGUAUGCCAUCUACUUCUGGCCCUGUAAGGAGGACAAGGAUACCCCAAGAGCUUCACUGAUAGUAUGGGACCCAAAGCCAGUCGUUAUACAGUCAUUGGGCAAAUCUCAGUAGCUAGAACAGACUCUAAACGAGACCAUGAAACCGAGGACAACGUCUCCUUGGAAGUGAAAGUGACAUGCUGAAGACAUUAUUUCCAAGCAGGAUUCUUCCAAAAUAUGCUUCCAGAUCCCCAAAGAGGGCUGGCUCCAGGAAGGCAUUCACUUACUUGUCACAGUUCCUGGGUGCUGGCAGAUUAGCCUUUUCUCACUCUGACCUGUUUCUCUGUACAUGGGCUUCAACGUCGGAUUAAAUCCGUGCCUUUCUUUACUUUUUAAAAGUUUGAUGGGUCAUUUCUCUGCAUGCUAGCUCUGGGGGUUUUGUGGCUUUCCUUAUUCCAUUAAAGUGAGUGGCCAAA